GCAGUUGUCAGAAUACCGCCAUGGAUUAUCAAUACGGUGUUUGAGAAAAAUUCACAAAAAUUUAGUUUUUAGGCCUUAUACAAAGCUUAGGUAGUUCAAGGGGGAUUUGGCAGGCGCUGGACAAUGAGGCGGAGUCGUGAGGGUGAGCAUCGGUCGGAGAGACGCGAUGAGGCACCGCGGAGAGGACCAAAAACACCCCCAGACCCCGGACCAAGCAUCGACAGUGGCUCCCAUGAAGGAGGCCGCCGGCGAUCGGGCAGCGGCCGCUCGGGAUCACAGAGGAGACGCUCCACAUCUCUGAGGGAUGAAUCUCGGCGGAGGCGCAUGACAAGGAGUCGUUCCGGGAGUGUCCGGACAGACAUGCGAAAGGUUGAUGACCUGUCGGCGGAGAUAGCGCAUCUGCGACAGCAGUGUGCGGAGAAGGAGAGGAAUCUGCAGAAGAUGUACAGCCAGCUGGACCGUCCGGGCAGUCCUAAGAGAAACAAUCAAGUGCCGUUGAGUUCACCGAAGGGUUACAAGAAGAAGAAGAAAACAAAGUCCAGAAAGAACAGUCGCGAGCGAUCUGAGAAUUCGCUGGGGAAUCAAAUGCAGGACGUUGUGGUGAAGCGCGAUGACUUCUUCGUCUACAACAUUCCACGGAACAUCGUGAAGUACACUAAAACUGAGCCAUCGAUCAUGUUUUCCUGUAAAACCAAGACUUCUGAAAUGUUUUUCCAACCUGAAUUGCCUUUCAAGGUGAAAAUGCACAAAACUAACGAUGAAUUGUGGGAGGAAGACGCUCCGCCGCCAGCCAGCCAACCAACAAAUGCACUUUUGCAAGAGAAAGACGCAAAAAGUGACGUGAAAAGUGUUGAGGAAGCAAAGAAGAGUGCGUCAAAGUCCAAAAAGGCAGAUGAAACCAAAUCAGUGAAGAAGAUCGACAAGGAGCGCGAGAUUGAGCGGCAGAGAGAGAAUUUCCUCGUGAAGAACACGGUCAUGACGGUGAAACAGGAGGCGGAGAGGAAGACAAAGGAGAUCCGGAAGAAUUUGGAGAGUGCAAAAGCCAAGGAAGCGCCAGUUGAUCAGCCGAAAACUCCUCCAGCUGUCGAAGUGAAAGUCGCCGUUGAGAGUCCGUCGUCGACGGCUGAGUUGCUGGACAAGCGGCCAGAGGAAACGAAGAGCGAGAAGUCAUCUGUGGUGCAGAAAGUGGCGCAGAAGAGAAAGAAGAGAUUCAGUUCGUCAACCAGCACAACAUCCACAUCAGCGACAUCUUCAUCUUCCUCAGACUCUGAUGACGAUUCAGAUUCUGACUCCAGCAGCAGCUCCAGCAGUUCCUCGUCCUCCUCCAGCAGUUCGUCCAGUAGUGUUGAGAAGCCAGUGAAGGUGCGAAAGAAGAAGGAAGUGCUCCCGGCAAAGGUGGAGGAGGAGAAGAAGGAGGACGUGACGGUGGCAACUCCUGAAGUGCCUAAAGCUCAGGAAGCUGCUGUGGAAGUGAAGGAAGAGCCUGUUGUUGAGAGUUCACGAGAGAUUGAAUGCCACACUCCGCCUUUGCCGCCGCAGAUGAUCAAUAUCUCGCCGGCCAAGCGGACGCCCAUCGUCAUGAAGCUCCAGAGCAAGGUGGAUAAGGUGACGCCAACGAGAAUUCCAGCUGUGAUGGCUGAGGACGCUGAGGAUGACGCUGACUUCACGGAGACUCUCACGGAGACGAGGAGAGCCAAGUCCAAGAGUCCUUCGGAGGACAGCGACGCGAAGCUGGUCACAACAACUUGUGGGCCGGAGGUGGAGGAGCAGGCGAGGAUAAGAGCUGUGCAGCAGGCCGAAGAGGAGGCGAGGAAGGAGAGGCGGAAGUACAGAUCGCCUUCCAGGCAGAGCAGCAGCAAGAGGCGUCGCUCGCCGCCUCCGGAAAAGAGUCGACGCUCUUCCCGGAAUCGCAGGCGUCAAUCGCCAUCGCCCGAGAGGCCGCGGAGGACGCGUAGUCGCAGGGAUUCUCCGCCAUCAUCCCGUCGACGUCGCUCGCCGCCAAGAGGAUCUGGACGUCGAAGGAGGCGCUCGAGAUCUCGCUCGUGGACACGGAGUGUGUCAAGAUCGCGGUCCAGAAGCAGGAGCAGGAGCAGGGAGAGGAACCACAGGAAGAGGAGUCCCUGGAGGCCGCCGAGUGUGACGAGGAUCAAUUUCUUGACCGACAAGAAUCCUCAGUGGGAGGAUUGGGAUGCGGUGUACGAAAAGGCGAGCGCCGAGAGGAACUUCUACCCGUUUCAGGGUGGGAAUUUCGACAACACGCGUCCGGAGGCGAAUCCACCGUGGCCCGUGAGGCCAGUUUCACCUCCUCAUCGAUCUCUGGAUGAUCGCAUCAAUUCUGCUCUCAAUGAAUCUGCGAGGGAAGUUCCUGAGCGACAAAGUGCAGUUUUCCAGCCAAACUAUCAUCAUCAGUUCCCCACGUACACGGGCAGUGGCUUCCCGCGACCUUAUCAUUCCACCACUGAGUAUUCUCACUACACGGAGUCCAUCUAUCAUCACAAUAAUCUCCAGCAGCAGAUGAUUGAUCCGAACUUUCAGUGUCGACCGUCGCCAAAUCUCAUUAGCAUCCCGCAAGUGGAUCAGCCACAGCCGAAGCCGCCCAGCAUGCUGCAGAAGGGCAAUGUGAUUGAGGUGGUACCCACGACGCUGGCCAAUGCAGAUCCGACAAAGAUUCACCAUCCGCUGAACAGCGUGGCGGAAUCUUCGUCGCCCAUUUCUGCGGCGAAGAAGCUCAUCUUGCCGCCUUUGGGCAGGGUGAAAGUGGUAAAGACAGCGGUGCAGAGGAAGACGAUCAGGGAGAAGAAGAGGCUGGAGAAGAAGAUGCGAAAGAAGAAGUUGGAAUUUGAGAUCAAGCAGCUUCUGUCGGGUGCGCAGAGUGUUGAGAUCACGUCUGAGGAGAUCAUGCCGGAUGUGGAAGGACCUGUUAAGGAGAGUUCCAACAGUGUGUCUGUGGUGAAGAAAGUCAUCUUCUCAGAUGGUGUUAUUCCGGGCGCAAGUUCCUCCGAUUCUGGCCUCUCUUCGUCUGAUGAAUCAAUCUCAGCGGACACUUUGUCUGGCAUGACGACGAAUCAGGUGAAGAAGUACAGAAAGCAGCGACGCAAGAAGAAAGAGCGGAACAAGGAGAAUUCCUUGAGUGGUGUUGUUGGUGAGAAAGUUGAAACACCGCCACCGGUGAGAGAUCCUCGACGACAGCCCGAGGUGGCGAAGAAUGGCGCCAAGGAGGAGGACACUACCAAUUAUCCGCCACCUUCUCCGCCACCGGGUGAUCCGCCCACGCACAUGGUGCAGCCGUCGCUGAAGCGUGAGGUGCAGGAGAGACCCAAGAAGCUGCUCUACUUCAAUGCCGUGCACCGGGAGAAGCGCAUGGACAUCUUCUCCAUCUACGUGCCGCCGUCGGCAUUUGUUAAAGUACAAGAUCCACGUCUGCUGAAGUAUCCCAUGGUCAACAGGCGAAGGAUUGCGGCGCCACUGUUUCCCACUAAUGUCUAUCCGCGACCACCGCAGCCCUAUCCACACUUGCCGCCGAUGCAAGUGUCUCCGGCGACGGCGAUCAGACCACCUGUUCCUGUUCCAGUUCCAGUUCCGGCGCCUGUGCAGCAGAACUAUGAGACAUACAGUGCGCCGGCAGCGAGAAUUCCCGUUCUCACGCAUCCAUCGCCGGCAGUUCCGCCCUAUCCGCCGCCUCCCAUCCACCAGCCGCCAAUGCUGCCCUCAAUGCACCAUCCGCCGCCCCAUCACUUCCCCCCGAAUCCCUACUACGUGAACAACGGACCCAUCCCGCCCAACAGAUACUAGAAGAAAUCUCUGCAUGUCAUCUUUAUUGCCAAGGCGGUCACAUCAUUGGGCUGAGAGUGUCUCUCAGACUCUCAGCAGGAAGCUCAAGUCGGAGUUCGGAGGCACUUCAACGGGGGCUUUCGACCUGUGCAAAAGAAGGAUAAAGAGAGAGAGAAAGUGAGUAGCAAAAUUAAUUUAAAAAAUUUCAACUCAAUCCUCGUUGGGUUGUUUUGUUGUUGGAAGGAGAAGAAAGUGAGCAAGAAUUUAGCGCAGUAUAUAAUCUCUAAUAAUGAAUCCUGGAACGAUCUUCAGGAUGCAUGAUGAAGUGAAAUAUAGACAAACUUAAGAACUUA